GGCGGGCGGAAGUGGGGUCGCUGGCGGCCGGCGUGAGGCUGAGCUUUUGAAGUCACCUUUUACAUGGUCCCAUUAGAUGUCCUAUUAGCUUGGAAUUAAGAUGCUUCAGUUUCAAGGAAAUAGCAUGCGACUUGCCAAAUCCAUUGGACCUUUCUUGCGAAACCUCUCUGCCUCUAAUACAACUCUGCCUGUGCUGACCUUAUUUAAAAAGGAUCCAUGCCCACUUUGUGAAGAAGCCAAGGAAGUUCUCAAGCCUUAUGAAAAUAGGUUUAUUUUACAGGAGGUGGACAUCACACUUCCAGAAAACUCAACCUGGUAUGAAAGGUACAGAUUGCACAUCCCCGUCUUUCAUUUCAAUGGCCAGUUUCUGAUGAUGCAUCGUGUAAACACCUCAAAGCUUGAAAAACAGCUUCUGAAAUUUGAGCAGCAAAAUGCAGGAGACUGACUAUUCCCUUCAUGAGUUUCCACCCCCUCUGUCAUUCUGAUACCUCUUUCACAGAGCCCCAGGACGCUCUGAACUCAGUGUGGUACCAUAUAAGUGUUGCGUUUCUCUUCUGAUUGAUGGAAGUGCCCACAGGGGAACUGUUUCUUAUGGGCUUUUUAGAAUAAAAGGAAUACAUUGGCAGAGGGUGGAUGAUGGAGAGCAGUAGAUGUCCAUUUGUUGUAUUUAUUCUUCCCUUUCGUACUAAUGUGGAAGUACUGCACAUGCCCUGGACAGGGCUGUUGAUAAGAAGGCUUGCAUUCCUCCUGCUGCUCUGGAGGCUUAACCUUUCAAUGAGAGAAUAAAUGCUUUUCUACUCAGUAGAUAAAGUAAAAUGUGAAUUGUUAAUAACUGCACAGUCAAUAAAGGGAUGUUUUAACGAAUA